AUGCUGCUGAUGAUGAUGGGAAGCUUGAGAGCUCUGCGGCAUCUGGUAACGUCGCUUCCACUGCUGCUGCUGCUGCCGCUGCUACUAUGUCUCCUCUCUUCGUUUUCCUCUGCCGCGGAGCUUGGUGAGACCUGCUUGUUCAACUCGGACUGCGACCCCGGUCUACAUUGCGAGACAUGCUUGGCCAACGGCAACUUCCGGCUCAGGUGUACGCGGGUCAAGCCCAAGAGUCCCAUAGCGGAGGGCGUCGGGCUGCCGUUUAAUAAGUACGCUUGGCUGACGACUCACAACUCGUUCGCCCUACUCGGCGCGCCAUCGUUUACCGGAAAGCAAAAUGUCGCCGAGAAGAACCAGCAGGACUCCGUCACCGAGCAGCUCGAGCACGGUGUUCGGGGAUUGAUGCUGGAUAUGUAUGAUUAUGACUCCGACAUCUGGUUGUGCCAUUCCUAUGAGGGCAAGUGCUUCGACGCCUUGGCCUUCCAACCUGCCGUCAAUGUGCUCGGCGAAAUCCGAGACUUUCUUGAAGCGAACCCUUCGGAGAUCAUAACGAUCUUCAUCGAAGAUUAUGUCUCGUCCCCCAUGGGUCUUACAAAGGUUUUCAAUGCUUCUGGGCUGCUCAAGUACUGGUUCCCGGUCUCAAGCAUGCCCAAGAACGGAGAGGACUGGCCUCUGGUCAGCGAGAUGAUCACCCAAAACCAGCGCCUGGUGGUCUUCACCUCCGAAAAAACCAAGGAAGCCUCCGAGGGCAUCGCGUACCAGUGGAGAUACGUGGUAGAGAACCAAUAUGGAGAUGGAGGAAUGGAGGACGGCUCAUGCCCGAACCGAGCCGAGUCCCUGCCAAUGCACACGACGUCAAGAUCGCUCGUUCUGAUGAACUACUUCCCCUCCAUUCCGUACUUUUUCACUGCAUGCAAGCACAAUUCCGGGCCGCUUGAGAGCAUGCUGAAUACUUGCUAUAGUGCGUCCGCCAAUCGCUGGGCUAACUUCAUUGCUGUGGACUACUACAGGAGAAGCGAUGGAGGUGGAGCCUCCCAAGUUACAGACCUGGCGAAUGAUCGCAUGCUCUCCAGUUGA